AUGAGUGUACGCCUAUACCCAAAUGCAGCUUUACGUCGCCUGGGUGUCAUUACAAAACAACUUUUUCAAAAUCAUUGGGAUAGUCAACUGGAGGCUUACCCAUACCGCGAAAAGGUGGAAGCACAUACUGGCCCAAAAAUUAAAUAUGUUUCCGAUAAACCAUCUUCAAUACAGAACCUGAUUAUCCUCAUGCUGCCUGCCCACAAUACACAACAUGAGAAUCAACAGGACCAAACACCCCCUACACCAUAUUGGGGAUGGUGCUUUUUAUCCUGGCAGCUGAGACUUAGCAGCCACACCUGGAUGAGCAUUCACAUCAGUCUCCCUUUUACACGGAACGGAAAGGAUAAAUAA